AUGAGAAGUGCACGAGAGACCACCUCGCCCAGAGGGUGCCCAGGCCGCAAGCUUCGCUGGCAUGCCUUUGCUGUCGCCUUUGGGAUGCUGCCAGCCUUUGCCGCUGUCCGACAAGCAUUCAUGAGGGUAUUCCACAGACAGGGUGUUUGCACACUACCUUCUUCAAAAUUGCGGCUGCAAGUCCCAGAAGGACGAAUUCCAGUGGCGAUUGUUGCCCCCGGCUCUUUUUCGCCGCCAACGCUGCUGCAUUUGAGGAUGUUUGAAGAGGCUCGUGAUGCUUUGGAACGCACUGGAGGUGAGAGUGUGAGGAAUGUCAUUUGA